GCAGCAAGAAGCGCAAAGCGCAGCAAAGAGCACAAAGUGCCGCCGAACAGGACUCCGUCUUUAUUCCAGCUCAGCCAGACUUGAACUUGUUCGUGUUCGUGUUUCUUUCCUUCCAUCAUGCUGCUGUGUUCACGCGGCGAGAGAAGAAGAGCCCGACUUUAAAACACAAGUUUAACUUCAUAAAGAAGACAAAAAGAAGUAAUUCUUCCUGACACGUCACUCUGUCCCCAUGGAGGCCACAGGAAAGUACGAUUUUUCUGCAACAGAAGAAGAUGACCUCAGCUUCAAACGGGGUGAUAUCCUGAAGAUUUUAAGCUCAGAUUCUGGGUGGUACAAAGCAGAGAUGAAUGGACAAGAAGGAUUCGUACCACAGAACUACAUUGAAAUACAGACACCAAGCUGGUUCCAGGAGAAUGCCAGUCGAAGCACCGCAGAGGAACUCCUGAGACUCAAAGAUGUGGGACACUUUGUGAUCCGAGGCUGCCAGAGCUCCCCUGGAGACUUCUCCAUCUCUGUUAAACACGAGAGUGAUGUCCAACACUUCAGAGUGAUGAAGGACAACAAGGGCCACUACUUCCUGUGGUCCGAAAAGUUCACCUCCCUAAACAAGCUGGUGGAGUUCUACAAAAUCACCUCCAUCUCAAAGACGAGGGAGAUCUACCUGAACGACGGAACCUCGAGCAGUAAAGGUUCCGCGCAGGCGCAGCCGAUGAAGAGGGGGAGUCUGCCCGAACAACGCAGUGCCACUAACCCAGCCGUAGCCGGCGCUGUCGCCACAAUGCGCAGGGCGUCGGAUCAGCCGCACAACCAGCUGGCCAAGAGGACAGGUCUGGAGGAGCGAGCUCACACCAUCGGUCACACCGGCAGGAGCAGCCCCGUCACCCCCGCCGCCGUUCCAUGCCGCACAUCUGACACCGCGCCCCAGCCUGAGAGGGCGCCCACCAUACAGGUGAAAGCGCUGUACGACUUCACGGCAGAGGAGGGCGAUGAACUGGGUUUCUGCGCCGGUGAUGUCAUCGAGGUGCUGGAUCACUCGGACAUGUCGUGGUGGAAAGGAAGGCUUCAGGGGAAAAGUGGGCUGUUCCCUGCCAACUACACCAUGCCGCUGUGAGAAAACCCCGCAGGGCGCGUGCCCACAGCGCCCCCGCACACAUCUGCGGACUCGCUCGGCAGGUGCACGGCACCUGAGCGGUGACACUGAGUGGUGACUCACCUGGUUCAGGUGCGUCACACGUCAGCACUUCAUCAACAUGUGCCUGCUGGCCAGAAAGCUGAGUCACGUGGUCCUUGCAGCCCGUGUCAGAUUAUGUGGCUCAGCGGGACGCUCGGUCUCUCUCUCCUCAUCGAACUCUUGUGAUUUCAUAUCAAGCACCAGAGUCACACCCGAGGAGCCGAAAUCCUGCUACAUGUCUGAUACUUUUCAUCCCCCAUGGACUGUUUUUACAUUUCUUUUCAUUUCUCUCUUAUCUGAUACUUAUAGUCAUUUUAUUAAUUACAUGCUUUUUGUGAUUAAUUCUGUAGUUUUUCCUCUCUGUAUAAAUCACAUGUAUCUCCUGCACAGCUCAGAUCCAUAAAUAAAAUGAUUUUAUCAACUCUUUCAUGUUGGGCAGCUC